AUGGCUCGCUUCGAAGAGGAACUAUCUAACCGGCGUGGAGGGGUCUGUCAAGCGGGCCCACCAAGAGGGGCAGGUAGGCCAGCAGGCCCCCCAAGCGGUCCUAGGGUGUACAAACAAUCAAUGGCCCAACGAGCCAGGACAAUGGCCAUUUACAACCCCAUCCCUGUCAAGCAGAGCUGUCUUAAUGUCAACCGUUCUCUAUUCAUCUUUAGUGAGGACUGUAUCAUACGGAAAUAUGCCAAAAAGAUUACCGAAUGGCCUCCAUUUGAAUACCUGAUCCUGGCCACCAUUAUAGCCAACUGCAUCGUCCUUGCCUUGGAGCAGCACCUACCAGCCAGCGACAAGACCCCCAUGUCAGAGCGUCUGGAUGACACAGAGCCCUAUUUUAUUGCAAUAUUUUGUUUUGAAGCUGGCAUUAAGAUCAUCGCCCUUGGUUUUGCGUUUCACAAAGGCUCCUAUCUUCGGAAUGGCUGGAAUGUAAUGGACUUUGUGGUGGUACUAACAGGGAUGCUGGCUACAGUGGGAGCAGACUUUGACUUGAGAACUCUGAGGGCAGUACGGGUCCUGAGGCCACUGAAACUGGUGUCUGGAAUCCCUAGUCUUCAGGUAGUUCUAAAGUCCAUCAUGAAAGCCAUGGUGCCUCUGCUGCAGAUUGGCAUGCUGCUCUUCUUCGCUAUACUCAUGUUCGCCAUCAUCGGCCUGGACUUUUACAUGGGAAAGUUCCACCGGACCUGCUUCAGGACUGAUACAGGUGAGCAGGCAGCAGAGUUCCCCUGUGGUUUGGAGGCUCCAGCGAGGACCUGUGAGAAUGGAACUGUGUGUCAGGAAUACUGGAUCGGUCCCAACUACGGCAUUACCAACUUUGACAACAUCCUCUUUGCUAUUCUGACCGUCUUCCAGUGCAUCACCAUGGAGGGAUGGGUGGACAUCCUCUAUAACGCCAACGAUGCCUCAGGGAACACCUGGAACUGGAUCUACUUCAUCCCCCUCAUCAUCAUCGGAUCCUUCUUCAUGCUGAACCUGGUCCUGGGAGUCCUGUCUGGGGAGUUUGCCAAGGAGCGUGAGCGUGUGGAGAAGAGGCAGGAGUUUCUGAAGCUUCGCAGGCAGCAGCAGAUCGAGAGGGAGCUGACUGGAUACCUGGAAUGGAUAUGCAAGGCAGAGGAGGUGAUGCUGGCAGAGGAGGACAAGCAUGCUGAAGAGAUGUCUCCACUGGAUGUGUUAAAAAGAGCCAAGAAGAGCAAGAAUGACCUGAUCAACGCUGAGGAGGGCGAAGACCACUUCACUGACAUCUCAUCUGUUGGUUCUCCAUUCACCCGGGCCAGCCUGAAGAGCAGCAAGAACGACAGUGCUUCCUACUUCCGGAGGAAAGAGAAGCGGCUCCGCUUCACCAUCAGACGCCUGGUCAAGGCCCAGAGCUUCUACUGGACAGUCCUGUGUCUGGUGGGCCUCAACACACUGUGUGUGGCCAUUGUUCAUUAUGACCAGCCUGAGUGGCUCACCUAUGCGCUGUAUUUGGCAGAGUUUGUAUUCCUGGGCUUGUUUCUGACUGAGAUGUCCAUGAAAAUGUAUGGACUAGGACCUAGGAACUACUUCCAUUCCUCUUUCAAUUGUUUUGAUUUUGGAGUGAUUAUAGGCAGUAUUUUUGAGGUGAUCUGGGCAGUUGUGAAACCUGGGGCUUCCUACGGCAUCAGCGUCCUGAGAGCUCUCCGUCUGCUCAGGAUUUUCAAAGUCACUAAGUACUGGAACUCUCUGAGGAACCUGGUGGUCUCUUUACUCAACUCCAUGAAGUCCAUUAUCAGCCUGCUCUUCCUCCUCUUCCUCUUCAUCGUGGUGUUCGCCCUACUGGGCAUGCAGCUCUUUGGGGGAAUGUUUAAUUUUGAAGAGGAGACACCAACAACAAACUUCGACACCUUUCCAGCAGCCAUUCUCACAGUUUUCCAGAUUCUGACAGGAGAGGACUGGAAUGCUGUGAUGUAUCAUGGGAUAGAGUCCCAGGGGGGUGUUCAGUGGGGAAUGUUCUCCUCUAUCUACUUCAUCGUUCUCACCCUGUUUGGAAACUACACUCUGCUCAAUGUCUUCUUGGCCAUCGCUGUUGACAACCUUGCAAACGCACAGGAGCUCACUAAGGACGAGGAGGAGCAGGAGGUGGCCAUCACUAAGAAGAUGGCCCUCCAGAAGGUCAAGGAGGUGAAGGAGGUCAGCCCCAUUUCGGCAGCUAACAUCUCCAUCACAGCGCUACACAGUAUGCUGUACACAGGCCAACAUGGAGCGGAGAGGGCAAUGCCAGCAAGUUUUGUAAAGCAAAGUCAAGGUGCACUCUCUUGCAGCUCGUCCGUCUGCAGCGUUAAUUCACUGAGUUAUGUCUGCUCCCCAGUCCAUCACUACUUGAGAGUUUUUCAGUGUACCCUAUUAAAGGGGAACUACCCUGUCCCUCUGCUCUGUCUGUCCACCUGCAGUAUGGAGCAGCAGAAGUCUCUGAAGAUGAUGUCAGUGUGGGAGCAGCGCACCACUCAGCUGAGGAGACACAACCUGCGGGCCAGCAGUGAGGCCCUAUACAGCGAGCUGGACCCUGAGGAGAGGCUACGCAUGUCCUCGGCCCUGCACAUCCGCCCUGACAUGAAGACCCACCUGGACCGGCCCCUGGUCGUGGAGCCCCACGAUGGCCCCGGCCACAUGGGCUACCUCAAGCCCUGGACCCCUGAGGAGACAGAUAACCCUGGGGACCCAGGCGGCCCCCAGCCACGUAGGCGCCACCGGGACAGAGAGAGACCCAUCGACAAGGCCAAUGAGAUUGGAGAUUCGGGCAAAGAGGGUAGGCACCAUGUCCAUCACAGUCGCAACAAGGACCCCAACGGGACUCGGUGCAAGGAGGGGAAGAGUGAGCGGUCGCACAGCCGAGAGGGUGUCAGGAGGCACCACCACCAGACCUCAGUGGACGAGGGAGGUGGAGGGGGAACUGGGACGGGAGAGAGAGAGCACCGCCACCACCACUCCCACAGACAGGCCAGAGAGGGUAAUGGCACUGUCAACAGCGGACGCAAGGAUGAGCGCAGGUCACGCCACAAAGAUGGCCGCUCGGGAGAGAUGUGCUCCAGGGGAGAGAACAGGGCCAAUGGGGAGAGGAGGAGGCAGAAGACCCACAGUUACAGGGGCAAGUCCACACUGGAGGGAGAGGAGCACAGUGAGAGGGAGAGGGGGAAGGGCCACAGGGACAGAUAUGUGGAAUCUGAGGGCGACUCCAUGGCCACUAGCACCCAGCAGGACCCUGGAGAUCAGAGGUGGGGCACAGAGAUACCUGAGGACUCAGACAACCAGAGGAAUGUCAGACGGACAGGACGGACGGCCAUCCACAUCCCCCCUGUCACCAUCACCUCCCCGCCUGGGGAGACCACCCUUAUCCCCAUGAACAGUAUAGACUGUGAGACCAUACCUAUGAACAAGGAGAAGAAGACCCUGGAGGCGUUGACUCGGACCGGACCCAGACCCAUCCUCCCCUACAGCUCCAUGUUUGUGUUUGGCCAGACCAACAUGGUGCGGCGUCUGUGUCAUUACAUUGUGAGCCUGCGGUACUUUGAGAUGUGUAUCCUGGUAGUGAUAUCUAUGAGUAGCAUUGCAUUGGCUGCUGAGGACCCUGUCCAGGCCAACGCUCCACGCAACAAUGUGCUCAAGUAUCUGGACUACGUCUUUACGGGAGUUUUCACAUUUGAGAUGGUGAUUAAGAUGGUUGACCUGGGCCUUCUGCUCCAUCCUGGUUCUUACUUCAGAGAUCUCUGGAACAUUCUGGACUUCAUUGUGGUCAGUGGAGCACUGGUGGCAUUUGCAUUUUCGAGCUUCAUGGGACCGCCACAAGGUGUGCCCAGAGGGUCCAAAGGAAAGGACAUCAGCACCAUCAAGUCCCUCAGAGUUCUGCGAGUCUUACGGCCCCUCAAGACCAUCAAGCGCCUGCCAAAGCUGAAGGCUGUGUUUGACUGUGUGGUCAACUCCCUGAAGAACGUCUUCAACAUCCUCAUUGUCUACAUGCUCUUCAUGUUCAUCUUCGCUGUCAUCGCUGUGCAACUGUUCAAGGGGAAGUUCUUCUACUGCUCCGAUGAGUCCAAGGCACUGGAGAAGGACUGCAGAGGUCAUUUCCUGGACUACGAUAAGGAUGAGGUGGCCGCCCAGCCUCGGGUGUGGAAGAAGUAUGAGUUCCACUAUGACAACGUGCUGUGGGCCUUCCUCACUCUCUUCACUGUGUCCACCGGAGAGGGCUGGCCCGAUGUUCUGAAGCACUCUGUGGACGCUACCUUUGAGGACCAGGGUCCCAGUCCAGGCUACCGUAUAGAGAUCUCCAUCUUCUACGUGGUCUACUUCGUGGUCUUUCCCUUCUUCUUCGUCAACAUCUUUGUGGCCUUGAUCAUCAUUACCUUCCAGGAGCAAGGGGACAAGGCCAUGUCGGAGUGCAGCCUGGAGAAAAACGAGAGGGCCUGCAUUGACUUCGCCAUCAACGCCAAGCCACUGACACGUUACAUGCCAGAGAACGUACAGUCCUUCCAGUACCGGAUGUGGAAGUUUGUGGUGUCACCUCCGUUUGAGUACGCCAUUAUGAUCAUGAUCGCCCUGAACACCGUGGUGCUCAUGAUGAAGUUCCAUGGAGCUCCAGACUUCUACGAGGCCAUGUUGAAGCACUUCAACAUUGUCUUCACUGCCCUCUUCUCUCUGGAGUGUAUUCUGAAGAUCAUCGCCUUCGGACCACUGAACUACCUGAAGGAUGCCUGGAACGUGUUUGACUUUGUGACCGUGCUGGGAAGUAUAACUGACAUCGUGGUCACAGAAAUCAAUACAACGGACCGGCUUUUGAACCUGAGUUUUCUGAGGCUGUUCAGAGCAGCUCGUCUCAUCAAACUACUGAGGCAAGGCUACACCAUCCGUAUCCUGCUGUGGACCUUCGUCCAGUCCUUUAAGGCCCUGCCCUAUGUUUGCCUUCUGAUAGCAAUGCUGUUCUUCAUCUAUGCCAUCAUCGGUAUGCAGGUGUUCGGAAACAUUGAGCUCAACGAGGACACAUCCAUCACUCACCACAACAACUUCCGCACUUUUCUUCAGGCUCUCAUGCUACUGUUCAGGAGUGCCACAGGGGAGGCGUGGCAUGAGAUCAUGCUGUCGUGUUUGAGUCACAGAGCCUGUGAUGAGAGGUCAGGCAACCUGGGGAAGGAGUGUGGCAGUGACUUUGCCUACUUCUACUUUGUGUCCUUCAUCUUCCUCUGCUCUUUCCUGAUGCUUAAUCUGUUUGUGGCUGUGAUCAUGGAUAACUUUGAAUACCUGACUCGAGACUCUUCUAUACUGGGGCCUCAUCAUCUGGAUGAGUUCAUCCGUGUUUGGGCUGAGUACGACCCUGCUGCCUGCGGACGGAUUCGCUAUAACGAUAUGUACAACUUGUUACGAAUUAUCUCGCCCCCUCUUGGCUUAGGGAAGAACUGCCCUAAUAGGGUAGCGUACAAGCGGCUAGUCAAGAUGAACAUGCCCAUCGCUGAUGACAACACAGUCCACUUCACCUCCACACUAAUGGCCCUGAUCCGGACAGCUCUGGAGAUUAAACUGGCCUCAGGGAUGGUUGCCCAGCGUCUCUCUGAUGCUGAGCUGAAGAAAGAGCUCUCCCAGGUUUGGCCAAGCCUCUCACAGAAAACUAUGGAUCUGUUGGUGACACCACACAAACCCAAUGAGCUUACUGUUGGGAAGGUGUAUGCAGCCCUGAUGAUCUUUGACUACUACAAGCAGAACCGAGCCAAGAGGCUCAAGGAACAGCAACAGCAGCAGCAGAAUGCUACUGGCUCCCAGGGGAAGGUGGGGGCUCUGUUUAAACCAAUACUGCCCCUGACUCACAAGCAGGAGAAAGUGAAGGAGAAGGCCAUGACCAACGUGGAGCCUCCCUGUGAGCUACUGCCUCAGCCCCAGUCUCAGGCCCUACCUAGACCCAGCUCCACCCUGCUCAACAACGGAGGCACACUGCCAGGCCAUGAUGGCACCAUGAUAGGAUCAUCCUCCUGGGUGUCAGAGAAGUCUAGAGAGGUCCACAGACCCAGGAAUAAGACACCUGUCCAAAGGGGCCAGUCUGAGGAUGUCCCAAACCUAACCAUCCCCCAGGAGUCAGUGGAGAUGAGGAAGAUGGACACCAGUUGCAGCACAGUGCCUGGUCCUGGGUCUGGACUGGAGAGCCAGGGAAGAGCUGUGUCCAUGCCUCGCCUCAACGCAGAGCUGCAGAGGAGCAAGUCGCGCCACUCCCUGCUGGCACCUGUUCCUGACUGCAGCCCAGUGAAACGCUCUGCGUCCACCCACGCCCCCCAGCGCCCCCAGGAGGUGAGCCUGCAUGAAUACACCCUGGAGAGGCCCAACACCCAAGAAAGGCCUCACCAUCACCACCACCACCACCGCUGCCACCACCACCGAGAGAGGGACAAGAAGCAGCGGUCACUGGACAGGACGCCAAGCACCAUUGGUGCACCAGGAGACCCGGCUGCAGAGCCCUCAUCUAGAGACAGGGUGCAGGACCGCGGCCGCUCCCAUGAGAGGAAGAACCACUCGACGGCAGGGGAGAAGCAGCGCUACUACUCUUGUGAUCGCUACAGCAGCAGGGAACACUGCCACACCACCAAGUCUGCCACCACCAGCUAUGCCACCUCCCCCAGCGAGGUGCAGGAACCCAACAUCAACAAGCAGGGUAGUGGUUUGGUUAAAGGCAGCCCAGUGAUGUUGACCUCAGGGGCUAUCACACCUAGCCGUGGACGCAGGCAACUCCCACAGACCCCCCUGACCCCCCGCCCCGGGGUGACGUUCAAGACUGCAAACUCCUCCCCUGUGCACUUUGUGUCUGCCCAGUGUGGCAGCGGCCUGCCCACCCUGAGUCCAGGCCGGCUGAGCCGUGGGCUGUCUGAGCACAAUGCCCUGCUGCAUAGUGGCACCUCUCACAUCCCCUCCCCCAUCACCCGCAUCAGCUCUGAGCCCUUCCUGGGCUAUAGUCACAGUGACCCCCAGGGCCGGGGUAGCCCGUACUGCAACCUCCGGGACGAGCUGAUGAGCCCUUAUGCUGCCAGAGCACGCUCCCCUCGGACUGCACGUCCUCAAAUGAGGCCGGGGGCCCUCCACCUGCCUCCACCACCCCAGAAGAGACGUGUGGUGCCCAACGAAUGCCACUUUACCUUUGGUGGUAAUGGCAAUGCCAGCCUGGGCUCUGAUUCUGGUGCCAUGCCACACAGGUACUAUCACGAGGCAGAGGAGGAUGAAUGGUGCUAGCAUGGCUUUGAACAGAUGUUUUUAAUGCAUUUUGAGGAAUCGUGAUGAGUUUUAUCAUCUUUUUUGAAGGCUUUAGUUUACACGAUUGCUGUAUGAUAAGCUAAUUAUGGGAAAUAAAAAACAGCAGCAUUUUUAGGACCUGGAUGAAUAUGAAAGUGGAUGUGGAUUUGGUGAAUUGUUGGUAAUUCAGUUGGAUCUGACCAACUGUAAGGUGUCUUAUGCACUGAAGACAAUGGCAUUUUUCAUGGAGGGCACUUUUGCUUUGCUUCUUUAUCAAAUGUAAUUAUUUUUCAGUCUUGAUAUUGACCCAGAUAGUGGCAUAAGAAACCCUCCUACAGGUACACAGAGUAGAGAUGGGUGAGCAGCAGCCCUCUUUGCUGU